ACAAAUUACAUUUAUAAUACUUAACCCACAUAGUUUUUUGCAAUAUGGGCCAGAUCUGAACCAAGAACCGUUAUUGGGCAUCGGCCCAUUAGAUGUAACCAUGGGUUGGGUUUCGAGAUGCGAAUCAGUGGAGGAAUCCAGAUCCAUGUGGAAUUUUAUUCCAACAAAUAAAAAGAAGGAAAUCAUUAUUAAAUAAAAAGGAAAUUAAAAUAUUUAGUGAAGGUUACAAAAACCCUAGUGCUUGCUGCCGUAUAUCUACUCUCGUGUUGUCGCCCAUCAGUAGAAGUCGUCUUUCCGCGCUCUCUCUGCUUCUGCUUUGCCGAAGAACGCUCGUCCUUCAUAGCAAGUCAUUCUAUCUCUUCCUGUAUUGCUCUAAGUUGUUGCUGUUCGAUCUUCGUUUCUUUGGCUGGCUGCUAAUGGGACUGAUUGCUCCGGCAUAGUUGAGCUUUUUCCAUAUCUCUGAUUGUCCUCUCCUCCUGGUUUUCAGAUCUGUGAUCGGCGAGGCUACGUUUUCUCGGCAGCCAAACAAUGGCCUUGAAACUGUAUGUAGGGUAUCCGGGGAACAAAAAUGCAAACAAGGCUCUUAUUGCUGCAGAGUAUUCUGGUGUGAAGAUUUCUAUUGCUGAGAAUUUUGAGAUGGGUGUAACUAAUAAGACUCCUGAAUUUCUCAAAAUGAACCCUAUUGGAAAAAUUCCGGUCCUGGAGACACCUGAGGGUCCUGUUUUCGAGAGCAAUGCUAUUGCUCGAUAUGUUGUCAAGUUGAACGCUGACAACCCUCUCUUUGGUUCUUCUGCAAUUGAAUAUGGCCAAAUUGAGCAAUGGAUUGACUUCUCAUCUUUGGAGAUUGAUGCCAACCUGAUUAGUUACUUUAAAGCUAGAAUGGGAUGGACUCCUUAUUUCCCUGCUGUUGAGGAAGCUACAAUUGCUUCAUUGAAGAGAGGUUUUGAAGCAUUGAAUACUCAUCUUGCCUCAAGGACCUACCUGGUUGGCGAUUCAGUCACUUUAGCUGACAUUGUCAUGGCAUGUAACCUGUACCUGGGUUUUGCCAGACUCUUGCCCAAGAGCUUUACCUCGGAAUUCCCCCAUGUUGAGAGAUACUUUUGGACUGUCGUCAAUCAACCAAAUAUUAAGAAGGUUAUUGGGGAUGUCAAGCAAACUGAUUCUGUCCCACCUGUUGAGUCUGCCAAGAAACCUGGUCAAGAAAAGGAGAAGGCAAAGCCCAAGGAGGCACCAAAGAAAGAAGCGAAAAAGGUGGAGCCUGCUAAGCCUGCCGCUGAUGAGGUAGAAGAGGCACCAAAGCCUAAAGCCAAAAAUCCUCUUGAUUUGUUGCCACCAAGUAAGAUGGUUUUGGAUGACUGGAAGAGGUUGUACUCCAACACCAAGUCCAACUUCCGUGAGGUGGCCAUCAAAGGCUUCUGGGACAUGUAUGACCCUGAGGGCUAUUCACUGUGGUUCUGUGACUACAAGUACAAUGAUGAGAAUACCGUGUCAUUCGUCACUCUGAACAAGGUCGGCGGGUUCCUCCAGAGGAUGGAUUUGGCUAGGAAGUAUGCAUUUGGGAAGAUGCUGAUCAUCGGCGGGCAGCCACCAUUCAAGGUGAAGGGGUUGUGGCUCUUCCGUGGGCAAGAGAUCCCUCAGUUCAUCAUGGAUGAGUGCUAUGACAUGGAGCUCUACGAGUGGACGAAAGUUGACAUCACCGAUGAAGCCCAAAAGGAGCGUGCCAGCCAGAUGAUUGAAGACUUCGAGCCAUUCGAGGGAGAGCCUCUGUUGGAUGCCAAGUGCUUCAAAUAGAAAGUGAAUGAAUUAAAAUGCAUCAUACUCUUGUUAAUUUAAGUCAUGUUGGGAUUGACCCAAGUUCUUUUUGUAGUGAGUGAGUUUUUGUUUGUUUUGAAGCAUUUCCUGCUGUGGUGAUGCGAAAGGCUGUUUUGAAACCUUGAAUCAUAUAGAUCAGCAACUUUUGAUGAUUGGUAAGGUAUUUGUCGCUCGACGCCAUUUUGAUAUUCUGCCGAACCUUAUAGGUUUAAGGGCUUUGUUACUACAUAAAUGCAAAACUACUUUGCAGGUGAGAUUUCUUAUUAGGUUUCUAAGAAUUGACACGCUAAUUACACGCAGUUAACUACCACAUUUCUCAAAAAUGUCACUCUAAUUACAUGGCCUGGUAAUGAACAUCGACAUGGGAUCCAAUGUGGUUGAAGAGACGAACUCUCUUCCAACCUCAUGCAGCAGAUAAAUCUUGUGAAUGGAAGUUACAAUAACACGUGAAACUUAGGGGUUGUUUGGAAGCUGUGAUUCUUUAAAUUCAUGUAUUGGGUCAAUUAGUGUAUUGUCAUUUAAUGUAGGGUAAAUACAAUUUAAUAUCCAAACCUUUCAUUUUAAACAAUAUAAUAGCCAAACCUUUUCGAAAACAAUCUAAUAUCCAAAUCGUCAACUUUCCGUUCGUUUGACCGUUAGUUGACACUUCAAAAAAGCUUUGUUUAGAGGAAAUUGUCACAAUACAACUUUGUUUCUUGUUUUGGCAUUGCAGAUGACUGAAUAUUUAGAUAUUCUAUACCAUCAUGGUGGAGUCAUGGACUUCUCGGGUUUGGAACUACGAUAUGUUUGUGUUUUUUCAGAGAAGAUAUCGAUAGAUAUUGAUGAAGUGUCGUACUUCGAACUUUUUUGAAGUGUCAACUAACGGUCAAACAGACAGAAAGUUGACGAUUUGGAUAUUAGAUUUUUUUCGAAAAGGUUUGGCUAUUAUAUUGUUUAAAAUAAAAGGUUUGGAUAUUAAAUUGUAUUUACCCUUUAAUGUAUUGAAUCAAUUGAUGUAUUAGACAAAUACUUUGUUUGGAGGUUUAGAUUGUGUUUUUGUUGUAAAAGCAUAAAAGUUAAUUUGAGUGAUUGUGAACAAUCUCUACAAAAAGUAGAGAUUCACAAUCCCUCGAUUUUGAGUGAUUGUGGUGGGGUCUCUAAAAAGUGAAUGCAUGUAUUCUAGUUCAAUAUCACCUAAAAAAACGACUUAAUCUUACAAAUACAUGAAUUAGCUCAAUACACCAUUUGAAAUCACAACUUCCAAACGACCCCUUAUACAUAUGAACUGUGCUCUUGCAUCAUUGUGAUGUAGUCAUCAAUGAGCGAUCAAACCACACAGUGUCACACACUAUGCUAUGAAUAAGGAAUAGCCUCGGUUGCAUGCGAUAAUGCCUUCUAAAUAUGCGCGGGCAUUGUAUUCAUGAUUUAGAUUGAAUUAGUCUUUCAUAAGACAUUGAUUGCAUUUGGGUUCUCUUGCAACCAAUAUGAGCACGAAUUGUUAAUCGACGCUAAUGCGAUGAACCUUCACCAAAACGCAGACCGAGUAAACGUAAACACCAAUAGUGAAAAUACUGGUACUCUUCCAUCUCUUCUUCUUCUUCUUCAAAUGACAACCUAUCUGCGAAAGGCGUGAUGAUGUGUUUAGUUUAAAAAAGGGGGGAAGUUUCACAUGAGUUUUAUGUGCGGAUGGUGAAUGAGGUCUUGCUAUUUAUACCAUCAUAUGUUCAAUCUUCAAUCAAUAAUUUACGCAAAAGGAGAAAAAAUAAUGAUCAUAUAACGAAUGACAAAAAACGAGAGUAUACAAUGGUUAUAAAGUAACAUACGUAUAGGGAAAGAAAUCAAACCGUUGAUUUUCUUGCUAGUUUAGGUCAUAACCUACCUUUUGGAACACAUCAUGUUGAUGUGUGUAGUUAUGAUUUAUGUAGAUGGUUAGAGUAAGAUGUAAUGAGAAUCUCUCAACCUCGAUUUAUUAAUAUAUGAUCUAAGAUGCU